UAUUUACUAAUAUUACUCAGGAUAUUAAUAUUUGAUUUCUAAAAUGAAAAGAACUUCGAAUAAGUGUCAAGCAUACGUGUCGAGUGUAGAAGACAGUGAGAAUGAAAGUGAUGAAACAGAAUGUAGUAUUGGUAGUAAUUCUACAGCCGGUACUCAUCGUAGUGAUACACCAACACGUAAUGCUCGUUAUAAAAGGAAAGGAAGAAGAAGAAGUAAGACAGCAAAGAGCAAACCAUGCAAUGACAAACAGCUUUACAAAUUUUGUUGUAGUAUAAAAGAAGAUCAUGGUCAACCGCUCUUUGGAGUACAAUUUAAUCAUCAUUUGAAAGCAGAUCAACCAUUAAUGUUUGCUUCCGUAGGAGGAACACGUGUAAGCAUUUAUGAAUGUCCACCACAUGGUAACAUUAAAUUACGCCAAUGUUAUACAGAUCCUGAUUCCGAAGAAAUUUUUUAUACAUGUACUUGGACUUACGAUGAUAAUCAAAAACCAUUAUUAGCUGUAGCAGGAUCUCGAGGAGUUAUAAGAGUAAUUAGUACAGUAUCAAUGACUUGUAUCAAACAUUACAUCGGUCAUGGUCAUGCAAUAAAUGAAUUGAAAACUCAUCCUAAAGAUUGUAACAUAUUACUAUCUGCGUCUAAGGAUCAUGCGUUGAGGUUAUGGAAUAUUAAAUCGGAUGUAUGUAUAGCAAUUUUUGGUGGUGUAGAAGGCCACAGAGAUGAAGUGUUAAGUGCAGAUUUUGAUAUAUUGGGUCAACGAAUUAUAUCAUGUGGAAUGGAUCAUGCUUUGAAACUUUGGUCAUUAAAUAAACCAAAUAUGAAAGCAGCUAUCGAGCAGUCAUAUCAUUCUAAUCUUAGUAGAAAUGGAAGACCAUUUGAUUCUAUACUUCAACAUUUUCCAGACUUCACAACACGUGAUGUACAUCGUAAUUAUGUUGAUUGUGUUAAGUGGUACGGUGACUUUAUUUUAAGCAAAUCUUGUGAGAAUUGUAUUGUAUGCUGGAAACCAGGACGUCUUGAAAAUGACAAAUUAAAUAAUGGAGAAACAAGUGCUACUGUUUUACAUCGUUUUGAAUUCAAAGAGUGUGAUAUCUGGUUUAUUAGAUUUUCUAUGGAUUUUAUGCAAAGUACUAUAGCUUUAGGAAAUCAAAUUGGUAAAACAUAUGUAUGGGACUUGGAAGUUGAUGAACCUGGUCAAGCACGUUGUUGGACAUUAAUAAAUCCACGUUGUAAUGCAGCAAUACGACAAACUAGCCUAAGUCGAGAUGGCAAAGUAUUAUUGUGUGUUUGCGAUGAUGCUACCAUUUGGAGAUGGAAUCGUGAAACUCGUGAUAGUCGUGAAAAUGUAACUAAUAAUUAACAAUUUAAAAUAAAA